AUGGUUGUUAACAUUAAGAUUUGGUCAUGUAUUUAUGUCAGAAACUGGUACUUCAGCGGUGAAAUAACGGGUCAGUCCAAACCAAUUAAUUCGUGUGAUUUCCGUCCUAGUCGUCCAUUUAGAAUAGUGACUGGUAGUGAAGACAACACAAUUGGUGUUUUUGAAGGCCCGCCAUUUAAGUUUAAGAUGACCAAACAAGAACCUCGAGAUUUGUUCAGGCAGUACGUUUUUCACCCAAUGGUAAUUUUUUUCGCAUCAGCAGGUUUUGACGGUAAAGUGUUCUUGUAUGAAGGUACUAAUGCUGAUCUUGUUGCUGAAAUUGGUAAUCCAGCACAUAAAGGAGGAGUUUAUGGAGUUGCUUGGAGUGCUGAUAGUACACGUCUAUUACGUCUUCUGGCGAUAAAACUGUAA